CACCCAGCCACCCACCAACCCACCAACACACCCACCCACCAACCCAGCCACCCACCCACCACCUCCCCAUGGAGGCGGGCUCGCUGUGCCGCGCCGUCUACGCGUUCGCGGGUGACGGCCACCCGAGCGGGCUGCGCUUCGACGCGGGCGACACGAUCCGCGUGCUGCAGGCGCUCGCCGACGGCUGGUGCGAGGGCGAGAGGGGCGACGACAAGGGGUGGUUCCCCGCCGCCUACGUACGUCUCGUGGAGAUGUCAGCUCCGGGGAGUCCGCAGGGCGGAGGCGAGGAGAGAUGCAGCACGCCGCUGCCCCAAGGCUGGCAGUGCUACAUCAGCCCGCAGGGACAGAAGUACUACGUCAACACCUUCACGCACGAGACGACCUGGGAGAGGCCGACGGGCGAGGCCUCCAACCGGUCCGUGUCGACGCCCUCCACGCCGUCUCCCACCGGUGAGGCUUCCUUGUCGCCCACCCCAUCGCAGAAGAACAUGAGGAAGUCCAGCAGCGACAUACAGGGCUCGCAACUGGAAUCUCCGUCGAAAAAAUCAACCACGACGCUCACGAUCAACGGAGUCACCUUCCCCCACCCGGACGCGCUCUGCGAGCAGACGCUGCUCAAGCCCGGCGAGUGGAGCUACUGCGACUACUUCUGGUCGGACAGGAAGGACGCGCAGGGCAACGCGGGGCCCAGCGGCUUCGAGGUGAUCGUCUCCAAGCAGCUCAAGGGGCGCCAGAUGUCCAAGGAGAUGGCCGAGUUCGUCAGAGACCGGAUACGGAUCGAGGAGGAAUACGCCAAGAAUUUGUCCAAGAUGUCACAGAGCCCCCUUGCGCUGCAGGAGGAAGGGACCCUGGGGGAGGCGUGGUCUCAGCUCAAGAAGAGUUUGUCUGACGAGGCGGAGGUCCAUCUCAAGUUUGCCGCCAAGCUGCACACGGAAGUGGAGAAGCCGCUGCUGAGCUACCGAGAGAACCUCAAGAAGGAGCUCAAGAAGUUCGAGCACCACAUAUCGGAGCAUCGCAAGCAGCUGCUUGGGCGGCUCGCCAACGUGGACAAGGCCAAGAAGGUCCUGGCGGAGCGGCAGCGUGACCUGGAGGUGAAGUCGCAGCAGCUGGAGAUCAAGCCCACGAACAAGACGGAGGAGGACAUCAAGAAGGCGCGACGCAAGUCCACCCAGGCUGGAGAUGACCUCAUGAAGUGCGUGGACCUCUACAACCAGGCGCAGUCCAAGUGGUUCGAGGAGGUGGUCACCACCAGCCUGGAGCUGGAGCGGAUGGAGAGCAGCCGGAUCGAGAUGGUGCAGGAGCACCUCUGCCGAUACGCCCAGCUCCGCCACGAGACGGACAUGUUCAACCAGAGCACGAUGGAACCCGUGGACCAGUCCCUGCAGAAGGUGGACCCCACGAAGGAUCGCGAGCUCUGGAUCAAGGACCACAAGACCGGUCACGUGCAGCCCAUCAACAUGGAAGUCUGACGCCUCCUUGUUCACCAGCGACGCCGUGCACGGCGAGCAACGCUCAGCGGCCGCCGGUGCCCGGCGCGCGCGCGUGCCGAUCGUCGGCUUCGUACCCCCCCCUCCCCCCGCCCCACCUCCCUCGUUACGUUUUGACGGCGGCAAAGUGACUUGGUGCCGUUGUGAGCCGUCGUGUUUUUUUCCCUCCCUCCCCGCCCGUCCCCCCCCUUCUUCUGUUCGUCAUCUCUCGACCGGGGCGUCCUCGUCGCCUCGUCACUCUCGCCACUGUUUUUGGCUCCUCGCGCGAUUUUUUGGGCCGUCCGAGAAUCGCGUCUGGAAGUCUACGCGGCUCCCCGCUGCUGCUGCCGCUGCGUCGUCGUCGUCGUCGAGAGAGAGAAAGUGACGAGGGGUAAAGCGAUGAGAGAGGUAAACGGGUGAGAGAUGAAGCGAUGAGAGGUAAAGCGAUGAGAGGUAAAGCGAUGAGAGAUCAAGCGAUGAGAGAUCAAGCGAUGAGAUGUAAAGCGAUGAGAGAUCAAGCGAUGAGUGGUAAAGUGAUGAGAAGGAAAUUGAUGAGAUCAAGCGAUGAGAGAUGAAGCGACAAGAGAGAAAGCGACGAGAGGUAAAGCGAUGAGAGGUAAAGCGAUGAGAGGUAAAGUGAUGAGAGGUAAAGUGAUGAGAGGGAAACUGAUGAGAUAAAGCGAUGAGAGCGAACGCUUCUUUACGUAUUCAUUCAAGGUGCUUUAUGGUAGGCCGACGUCAUUAUCCGCGUGCUAGUCACGCGCAUCUCCGGAACGUAUCCCGCGUCUCCAAUCCAAGGGGUCGCCAAACUUACGUUAACCCCCCCCCUCCGCUUCACCCCCCCCCCACCACCAAUGCCUUUUGCCGGGCCCCAAGGCAUUUAAAGUUUUUUGCCGGCGACCGACCGAUCGUCACCGGACGGAGGCGGUGCAAUUGCUCCACCGCCACCGCCACCACCACCAGGCCGGUGGGAGGGUGCAGGCACCGCCUGGUGACAAGGAGGAGGAGGAGAGAGGAGGGGGGGAGGAGGGAAGGAGGGAGGGAGAGAAGGCAGGAGGGAGGGGGAGAGCAGGGAGGGGGGGAGGAGGGAGGGAGGGUUGGACAGGGAGUGGGGCCCAAGUCAUCCGUUGUACCGACCGACGGAGCUACGCGACUGGUCGGCUGAGUCGUGACCUUGCCCAGGGCGGCGUGUGAGCCAGGGGCACAGCGUGAGCCAGGGGCGCAGCGGGGCAGCUAGAGAGGACGGGCCAGCAGCAACCGCAGCCGCGUUGAGCUCGCGGUUGCCACCUUUUGAUGUACAAACAACUCCCGGGGGCAUGUCGACACGGGGAGAUGUAUCUCACAAAAUACGGGGAGAGCGGAGGACUGCUUUAAUGCAUCGUGUUGAACGGAUUUUUUGUAUCGUGAUUAUCGCGCAACUGGCAAGACCGACACCUUAUUAAAUGUCCUGGGAGAGACUCGCUUAUUUCCCCGGGCGGACGAUCCUGCCGAAAGCCAGGAGUGGUGGCAACCCGUCCCACGGUUGCUCGGGGGGGGGGAGCAAAGGGUGUUUGCCAGUUGCCCCCAUAACAGAGGUUCCGUGGGUUAGAUCGUGUAAAUAUAAAUGUGUCGUUACGCCCGCCGCCACCAGCACGCAGCCGAUUGGUCAGGGUUUGUUCAGCACACCGGUUGUGUGUUGUGUGUCGGAGAGUAAACCCACCGCAACGUUUACAGAUAUAGUGCCGUGACCUUUCGCCGGUAAUUACAACAACAACAAGAACAACCAGCAGCAGCAGCAUCAGGCGACAGCCACACAGAAUUGUGGAGAAAUCCUCCUGCUGGGG